AUGGAAUUACCCAUGUGGGCCAAUGUUUCGACGAGGGGGCCAAUGAAUUGCGUGGAGUUCUAUGCAAUGUGUAAGUUUGCAGUGGCAACGGGUUGUGUUUGGUCAGUUCAUGCGAGGGCGUUCCCAUCGAGCGGGGUGUUAUGUAUUAAGAGGUUCGACAGUGUACACAAAUGUGGUGCCAUAGUACGGACUUAUAGGAACCCGCGUACGGGGUCUGAGUUGGUGUCUACUGUUUUCGUAGAUUGGAUGCGUGGUCAACCAUUGGUACGCCCCACGGAUGUGGUGUUUGAUUUAAAAAAUGACUAUGGAUUGGACAUUAGUUACCGGGUAGCAUGGUUGGGUGUCGAGAAAGUGAGGGGUGAAGUUUAUGGGGAUCAUGCCAUGUCGUUCGACCAACUAAGGUGGUACAGUGAAGCCGUUAUGGAAAAAAAUCCCAAUAGUUACAUUUGUCUUGAAUUUGAUCAAAAAAGUGAGAGGUUCGUUCGGUAUUUCAUAUUGUUUCGUGCUUGUAUAGAUGGCUUUAAUCAUUGUCGGCCUUUUCUCUUCCUAGACGGAACAUUCCUCAAAGGUAGGUUCAAGGGUAAUUUACUUGCUGUUACAGCUAAGGACGACAAUCAAGGAUUGUUUCCUGUGGCGUUCGCUAUUGUUGAUUCUGAGAAUUCAUCCAAUUGGGAAUGGUUUCUUCAGAAUUUGAAAGAUGUUGUUGGCGGUGGUAGGACGUUGACUUUCAUAUCUGACCGCCACGUUGGGCUACUGCAAUCCAUGCCAAACAUAUUCCCAUCGGCACACCAUGGAUAUUGUCUGUUUCAUCUUCAAAUGAAUUUACGAGACUGA